AAGGCAUGAAUAGGGAACCGACAUCAUUAUAUUCCAGAUUGCUUAUAUCAAUCGUCUUUCACUCCCAUGUAUUAACUUAUUGUUAUUUUUUUACGACAAAGUGUGUUAGUAACUUUCUGUAGUCUUUAUACUUACGUAUAUACUACCAUGAAGUCGAAUAUCAUGGGACAGUUGAUUUUUCAAGUGAUAUUAGCCAUAAUUGCGGAAGUAUGUGGUCAAAGUCCGGGAGAGACCCCCACAGACUUCUUGAACACAGCCCCUCAGGUCAACACCAUCACCACCAGAACGGUAAUGGAUCGGUCCACGUCCACUGGUGGGGGCGUUUUCCCCGGGGGCACAACCACCACCCUCUUUCGACAGGGGCCCUUGGACCGCGGCUUCACCCUACAGCAAGAAAACGUUUUCCGGCAGGUGCCCGUGGAUGGCAUCAUACCCUCGGAACCGAGACGCACUCUCCCACGAGAGUUGCCCCUUGGGGAUCCUCUAUCCGGACGCACCCUUACACGAGAGUUGCCCCUUGGGGAUCCUCUAUCCGGACAACCAGGGCGUCCUCUUCAGGUUGACCCCAGAGGUCAAUGCCCAACGUUUUUGUCCAGAUACGAAGGGGAUAUUCUCGUUAUUAAUCUUGUACCCGGGACAUGCGACAUGUUGAUUUUCGUCCAAGACCAAACUCAUCUCUUCCCGGCAGCUGCUGAUAUUCUGUUAAACACUGGCUCAGGACGAAUUCUUUUGCCGAUGGUAUCGUUCCGGGGUAACUCCACCACAGAGAGCAUAGCGACCGACUGUCCUAUGAUUCCACUGCGAUAUCUUGGUCCAAGGAUUGUUCUGGACACUAUACCAGGACGUUGCCAAAUAGUUCUUGGAAUUAGAAGGUUUCCUAUUUUAGAUCAACCAGACGUCCCAGGUUUUCCAGCCGAGCCAAGAUGGGUGACAAGAGCUGUAUUCGAAAGAACAAGCGGUAUACUUUGAGUCAACGUGUGAAGAAAUAUUGUAAACCAAUAAAUAUGUUUAGUUUAUAUGCAGUU